GACACAUCAUAUCUAAAAAUCCAUAUACUUUUAACUACUCGAAUGUCUUUAUUAUAAAUAUAAGAUACUAUGCUGCAAUAAGAAUGUGUGAUAAAAUACAUAUGAAACCGAAAAACAAGGCUAUAUUACCAUUGAUAAUCCUCUGUUUUUAUGGUCUUGAUGAUGAUGGUUUCGAUUUUCCCAGGUAUUUAUGAUGGUACUGUCAUUAAUGAUGAUGAUGAUGAUGCGAUUUUUCCACAUUGUUCGCCCGUUAUGUCACGAAAUACAGUGUUUCCAAUUCAUUUUGCUUGAACACCAUCAAUUCUUACUCCAAUUGCUGUCAACCUUGCUUCGAGAUCCUUCCUUGUCUUUUGCUUGUCUUCGACAGGGAUAUUCUUGCUCGCAUUGCUUUUACUAUUACGAACACCAUUGCCUUGACAUUUUCCAAGAUCUUUUCAACUUGAUUUGCCCUUUAGCAAUAAUCAAUAAAUCGUUAUACUUUGAUUCUUCUUUUUUUUUUUCCACUGGCGAUUUCAAAAAGGAUGCUUUAGUUUAACUUGCUGUGCUUUGUCCGUUCGUUUUCAAACAUGUCGAUUAACUCGUUAAGCUUUUUCAUCUAUUUGUUCGUUUUUGCUGACUUUUCCCUCUACAACGCGUAGUCGUUCUUCCACUUUAUAUAGUAGAAUAAUGUUAUGCUUAGUUUGAGAAGACAAUAGUUUUUGGAAAGGAUGGCAUCAGAGAAAAAUGAAAAGAGUAAAAAAAAAA